AUGCUCAAUCUGGAGGGAUUAAUAGUGUAUGUUUUCUGCCACAGGAACAAGAAAAUUGUUGAUUAUUCUCAGUUUGGGGAUUUGGAAGAUGAUGAUGAAGACUUUGCAUGUCUAGCUGCACCGUCAAGUAAAAAAUCCAGAACACAGCUCAAGGAACUAAAGAAGGAGAGAAAAGAGAAGCAAAAACAAACACACAAAGAAUUGACUCCAUCACAAAAGCAGACACCUAGUAAAAGGAUAUCCUUGGAUGACAAACUUUAUCAAAGAGAUUUGGAAGUUGCCUUAGCCUUAUCCAUCAAAGAAAAAUCUGCAAAUAUCGUUGAGGUGCAAAAUCCAGAAGAACAAGGUAAGAAUAUUGAGUCAGAAGAUGUACACAGGAGACCCCUUUUUUCCAACUGCAGUGUAGACAGUGAACUUUUAGGUCUCAAUCAGGUUAUGGAUGAUGAUGUACCUAGGGGUGACUCUAGGCAAAGGACAGCAGCAUCCAAAGUUCCAGCACGUCAGAAGAAUUUACUGACCAUUGACAGUGAUGAUGGAGAGCAUGCUACUGACUCUGAGCCAGAGUCUGUACCCAGUGAGGACUCAGAAGACGACUCAGAUUAUAGUGAAGGUGAUGAUGAAGGCUUUGCUAUGGAAAAGAAGAAAGCCAAAGGAAAUAGAAAGAAAACCAAACAAAAGAUGCCAGCUGAAAGACAGAAGACAAGUCCCAAAUCCAAGAUUAAUACUAUAGUAUCACCUGUAGUUUCUCCUUCACGGAUAACAGAACAAAAAUCUGAACCAACACAAAAGAUGAUGCCCAGUUCUUCAGAAACAGUUGGGAGGCCUCUACAUACAUCAAGUCCUGUAACAGACAAGAAGCCUAAAUGGAUACCACCAGCUGCAUCAGGAAGCAGUAAUAACUCCAUGAAAUACGUUUCGGUUAAGUCACCUACUCAGUGUCUUAGACUCGGCCUCUCCAGACUAGCAAGAGUCAAACCACUGCAUCCCAGUGCUACCAGCAGUUAA